AUGAAAGCUGAAAGUACCCGCUCUCUAGUCGGUAUGAAGGUGGCAUGUUCCCACUCAACUGCUCGGUUACCUAAUUUGACUGUCAUGGGUUAUGAGUUUGAGAACGUUUAUGGCCAGGAUGUCGGUCCUUUUCUGUCCAUCUUCUGGGACGCUUUACUUGUGAGUGAAUGUGACUUUGGUGCGUUCAAGCGAUUGCACACAAGUCCCCGGGCGUAUCGUGGAGUUAGUCCAAACGGAGGCAGCCCGGAGACUCGGAAACAAUUCACAGGGAUCAUAAUCAACCGGGAGUGA